UUUCAAAUAAAUUCUGGGUGGCAUCCCCCACACGGGAGCUAUUGGGUGUCUUUUAAGUGUCGAAAGAAGAGAACGAGGCCAUUUCCUACCAAACGUCGACAUGAGUGGAUGUCCAUUUAACAGAGCAACCCGCUCAAGUCCCGUGGACUUGGACGAUGGUUUGGAGAAUGAUGCUGCUCAAGAGGGGAUUAACAAAGCUGCCUUAGGGGGUCUUGUGUACGGAGACUACCUCCAGCUUCACAAGAUCCUGGAUGCUCAAGUCCUGGAGAGCACCAAGCAUCACAACACCAUCCAUGAUGAGCACCUGUUCAUCACCACACAUCAGGCCUAUGAACUGUGGUUCAAGCAAAUUCUCUGGGAGCUGGAUUCUAUUCGACAGAUAUUUUAUCACAGACAAAUAAAGAACGAGCGGAAUAUGCUGAAGGUGGUGUCGCGCAUGCAUCGCAUCACCCUCAUCUUCCACCUGCUCGUCGACCAGUUCUCCGUGAUGGAAACCAUGACCCCUCUCGACUUCUUUGAUUUCAGGCACUACCUGUCACCCGCGUCGGGGUUCCAGAGUUUGCAGUUCCGCAUGCUCGAGAACAAGAUUGGCGUUCCGGACAGCCUGCGCGUGCCGUACAACAAGCGCCACUACCGCGACAGCUUCCGGGGAGAGGAGUUUGAGAAGCUGCGCUUGUCGGAAAUCGAGCCCACGCUCCUGCAGCUCGUUCAGGAGUGGCUGGAGAGGACCCCAGGUUUGGAGGCGGGCGGCUUCAACUUCUGGGAGAAGCUGAAGAAAAGUGUCUUUGAAAGGUUGGAGGAAGAGGCUUGCAAGGCCAAGCUGAUGGAAAAUGCCACACUGAAAGAAGAACUCAUGAAUGAAAUUCAGAAGCAACAGGAGACAUUUGGUUCGCUCUUCGACGAGAAGCGGCACAUUCAUCUGAUGAGCAAAGGAACUCGACGACUGUCAUACAAGGCCCUGCAGGGAGCCUUAAUGAUUUACUUCUACAGGGAAGAGCCUCGAUUUCAAGUGCCUUUUCAGCUGCUCAACAGCCUUAUGGAUCUCGACUCACUCAUGACAAAGUGGCGCUAUAAUCACGUGUGCCUCGUGCAGCGCAUGAUUGGCAGCAAGGCCGGGACGGGUGGAUCGUCGGGCUACCAGUACCUGCGCUCCACCGUCAGUGACCGCUACAAGGUGUUCGUGGACCUCUUCAACUUGGCCACGUUCCUGGUCCCACGGAGCUGGAUCCCGUGCCUAACCCCCACGCUGCACCGAUCGCUUGCCAAGGCGUCAUGCUGCGACAGCUCCUACAGCAGCGGUGGUGAUGACGAGAGCGACGCCGGAUCGGAGGCCGGGUGCAGUGGCCGCUGCGGGCAGGACCACUGUGUCUGUUGCUUCGACAACGCCACCGCCGCCGGCCAUAGCGGAACGAGCUCGCCGAGCAACAUGGCCGACCAGGCCCGCGAAAGCUUCGCGCCGACGACUUGCAACGGGAGAUUUCCCGCCAUGGCCACGGCCACCGCCGGGCACGGCCCCAGGAGCACCGCGCCCCCCGCCGCCACUGUGCUAGCACGAGAGGCACCGGUCGCUCAGAAUCUCAACAAGUUUCUCGUGUUGGAGUAGUAGGUCUGUUCAGGUUGCUUCAUUGUAUGAAAUAGUGCCUGCACUCUAGUGCCACAAUCUGGCGAACAGGCUUGCUUUAUUGUAAGUGCAAAUUUGCUUACAAAUCUAUGCAAACGUUUAGGUUAGAAACGAAACAUUAUGCUAAGACAAAAAACAUAUCAAAUAGUUUUUAUGAUUAAACAUGAAGUAGGCUACACACUGCAUAGGAAGAACCUCAAUACCUCUAUAUUACUGGUCACUGAGUCCUGUAGGUGACUCAGAGGGAUGCGAUUCUGUCAGGACACUGAGAAAACUCUUCAAAAAGUAGGAAUUUUAAUCUUUACAGUACUCGUGAUUAGACUGGGGUCUCAAACUGAUGAUCUCAUCACAGUCACUGAUGAUUAAAUGUGAUUAACCGCGAUAAUUUGGCAUAUUUCGUCCCCUCUGAGGGUUAAAGAAUCAAGUUUGGUUGCCACUUUGCAGGGCAUUUGAAAUGAGGCAUUACCUCGUGUGGGUAUGAGGCCAUUUAAAAGGCUUAUAUAAUGUAAUCCAUAACAUUACCAUGCUGGGUCAUGCUCUAUCAUUCGACCGCAUGCUAAUUGCUGUGAGACAUCAACAAUUAAAUAUAUAAAGCUCACGACAAGACACCAGUAGCACAGUUAUCUUUUUAAACGACCAUAUUCUUAUGAUAAUAAGACACUCCGGAGGUAAAAUACACCACAAACUUUGGGAUUAUUUUGAAAAUGACAUCCCAGGAAAGCAGGUAUGAAAUGUAAGUUUACAAAAUAUAGAGUGGCCGAUUGGGACAAAGAAUGUGACUUAUAAUUCAGAGAAUAUGGUACGGUGGAUAAUUGUCUCUCAGAAUAUAAAUACGAACGUGUUCCUUUUAAAAUUGGGAGAGAUAUCUGCUGCGCAAAGAUGAUCCUGGAUGGCUGGUGAUGGCCUCUGGCCUCUGGGUGGUCAAGUAUUGCUAUGAAGAACUGUGUUCCACAAGUUUAACAUUUAGGCUUCCUCGACCAAUAUCCAUAAUAAAGGUGAUUUGGGUUACUCUUUGGUGCUUUCAGUAAAGUCACAUAGAAAGAAAUAAAAUAAUAAUAGAAUACGACGUUUCGAUUGAAACACAAGCAACCAUCAUCAGGUACAAAUGAAUGAGAAAACAAACAUAGUAAACUUGGAAAUAUAAUGCAAUACAACACAGAGAGUCGGCCAACACAACAAUCAACACCCCACUUGGUUGAUUACAUUCUUCCAAAGAUUGCUAAAUUUGAGAGAGAGACAAAACAUAGAUACGGAGACACACGGACAGACACACAAGCAGAGAGCGACUGACACAGAGACAAACCGAGAGAGACACACACAUAGACACACAGAAAGACAACGCUUCUGUGUCGAGGCUUUAAAUAGAGAGAGAGGGGGGGCGGGCAGAGGGGGGGUUAUUUGGGUUAGUGUGAUCAGGCUCGUAAUUCGCGGCGAAACCUUGUACUCGAAUUGUCAAUGUUGAGGGUUUACUCUCCAACACACCGGUGUGCUGAACUAGUAACUAAUUGGCAUGUUUUGUUUACGUGACAAACCUUACUGAUUGGCUGUCGGGUGGGGGUAGUUUUAACGACACAUUUAAAUUUACGUAACCUAACUCAAAAUACCUCUAUUAUGUGUUCUGCAAGAUCAUUCUAAAUAACUAGAUUCAAACACACAUUCCCAACGUCCAAAUUGUCCUCCGUAUUAUACGGCCUUAAAUUACAGGAGAACAAAGUGUGUUAAUGUGGCGGGCACAGUACUGUAAAUGAUACAGAGGCUACUUGUGGAUUCCAUUUACUUUGACAUUCAUAUUAUGUGUAAUGUGAACAUAAACAUCAAUAAAUGGACAUGGUGUUUUUGAAGAGCAA